AUGUCCAGCAUAUCACAUUGCCGAUUCGCCAGUAAACAGGAUCCCUGCGGAAAUUGCUUUCGUACACCACCCUCAGGGUCAUCUUUCCCUAUUUGCAAGGGCUGUAAAGAGAUUUCAUUCUGUAGCAAAGAAUGUCAACGCCAAGCGUGGAAAUACCACAGAGAAAACUGCCUCCUCGUGCAAAAGGCUCGAACUCCAGACGUGAAUACUCCGAUGGAGAUUAGCAAGCGAGACCGUGUUCAUCGCCUUCUUCGCGAAUGGUUCAACGCAUACCGCCAAUCCAUUCUCGCGGUAUGGGUCAGAGAUACCAUCAUACGGUUCAUACAGUCCUCUCCUUCGCUCUCUUUUGCGACCUUCGACUGGCCAAAUCAUUUCCUCCACCUUACCCUAAUUCCAAGUUUCUCGCGACUGUCAGCCCACGACGGAAAUCCAAGCACGGCUUUCCGCCUGAGAGGAGAGAGAAUGCGGUCUUUCAGCGAUCUUCGCGACGAGGAGAGGUCUAUCCUGUGCCUUUCUCCAUUCGAGGUACAGCACGUGCAGGAAAUGGCUCACAAUGUCCCCACCGCCAACCAAGAAGAAGUCGUUGGAACGAUAAUGAUCGUGUUCGAUGCAGGACACUCCGUGAGCAUGAGGAUACUCUGGCCUAUCUGGAAGAGCGUCGCGGAAGAGGCAGACCUUCCAAUUCAACCUUCUUCCCCGACGGCAUUCUCAACUAUGCAGAAACUAGUGGCCAAAGGAUGGGAUUCUCGAGUGGUCGGAGAUGGAGACCGUGAAUUUAUACAUUAUAUGAUGAAGGGAGAGGCUGGAUGGGAAUGGACGCCGUUAACCAGCGACGGUGUUGAUCCCAAGGUGGGCGACGAGUUGGGAGGCGUUGUACCGGUACGUCCGGUAUUCGAGGCGUCAGUAUAA